CCCGUGAAGUGAGAUGUUAUUCAGGGGUGUGUGGUCACGCGGCCAUUGUCAAUGAACCUUUGGAACUAGUCUGAAAUACCAAGAAGAAUUUCAAAAUAACUCAAAACUUCAAGCUUUUUACAAACCCAAUUCCACAUAACAGUUAUAGAAGAGACAGUACAAGCAAGAUCAAGUGUCUGCUGAUAUACGGCAGGACACCCUCUUUAAAUUUUGUUAAGAUAUGGCAUCUAGGGGAACAGCACAACGACCAAAUGGAGCAGCAGUGGGAAAGAUAUGUCAGUUUAAACUGGUAUUAUUAGGUGAAUCAGCCGUUGGUAAAUCAAGUCUUGUCUUGAGAUUUGUCAAAGGACAGUUCCAUGAAUAUCAAGAGAGUACAAUUGGAGCUGCAUUUUUAACACAAACUGUCUGUCUGGAUGAUACAACGGUCAAAUUUGAGAUAUGGGACACAGCUGGUCAGGAACGAUAUCACAGUCUUGCGCCAAUGUACUACAGAGGUGCUCAAGCAGCUAUUGUGGUGUAUGAUAUCACCAACCAGGACACAUUUGGACGAGCUAAGACGUGGGUCAAGGAAUUACAGAGACAAGCUAGUCCUAAUAUUGUGAUUGCACUGUCUGGAAAUAAAGCAGAUUUGUCCAGUAAGAGGAUGGUGGAUUAUGAGGAAGCACAAUCAUAUGCAGAAGAAAAUGGCUUGUUAUUCAUGGAAACGUCAGCAAAGACAGCAAUGAAUGUAAAUGAUAUCUUCUUGGCUAUAGCUAAGAAACUUCCCAAGAGUGAAAAUGCACAAGGCGGAGGGCAAGCUGCACAGGGACGUCAAGGGAGAGUAGACCUUCACGAAACCAACCCACAACCCAACAGUGGUUGUUGUAAAUGAUCUAUCCUCAAAAUACCUUUAAGAUGUGAUUUUAACAGAAAACAAUGGUCAAUCUGUAGUGCCAAUUUUGUACAAGACACUGAAAAUGUCUCUAGAAAUACACCCGCCAGCAUGUGAAUGCAACAAGGGAGCAGAUGCCGCUAAACAAUGUAAAUGUAUUGUGAUAUAUAAUACUAAUUAUAGCAUCUUCCUUUACACCUAACAUGUUUACAAUUAUCUGUAUUCUUUGCACUGGAGUAAGGUGUUUGUUUAAAUUGUUUUAAUAAUUGUAACUUGUAAAUUAGAAUGAUGAACUGUUGUCUGUAAUAUUCCAUUGCUCCAGGUUAGCUAGAGAUAUUGAGGCUCACUUCAACAAUGACCCCCCUCUAGGGCAGUCCUUUAUCUUAAAACAAAUUAGAUUUAUACCCGAGAAUAUUUUUUCAUUUUUAUUUCUGGUUUCCAUCAAAUACUGCUUUAUAAAUAUGUUCCUUGAUAUCCUCAGCUAACUAUAAAUCAUUCCAAUAAACUAUUCCUUUUAAUUUUUUCUCAUGUUAAAUUUUUGAAAUUCCAAUUAAUUCUCUUAUAAAGGGUCAAUAAUAUUCCAAGUUUCUUGUACAUGAAUUCAUCACACUUCACUUCCCGGUAAUGUUGAGACAGAGUUCUAAUAUCAUAUCUUUUAUAACUUUCCCAUCAUAGUGAUUAUUUCAUGCAUUAAAUGUUUCUUUAGUGGUAA